GGCAGGCCUGCCGGCGACGAGCUAUCUAAUGUGUGCGAAGGGUUUAAGCGAGGCUCAGUGACUGUCCAUGCUCAGUGAAUGUCUAUGCUCCGUGACACUCCUCACAUACAUACAGAAACACCCACACCUGAAAGCAGAACUGGCUCCUUUUGGACCACCAUCCAGGGACAUCCUAGCUGUCCAAAUCAACACCCCCCAGAAGACAGCAUUCCUGGUCAACAUCUAUAAUGCUCCCUGUGGAGCAGUUGAUGAGGGUCAAGGUCUGGAGUCUCUCAUGACAGAGACAACCCCAUCUCUCCCCUGCCUAGUAGCUGGAGAUUUUAACCUCCAACACCCUAUAUGGCAGUCCUCUGCCUGACCCUCUCCAAGAGCAGAACCCUUUUUAUCUUGGACAGAAUCCCAAGACCUCACCCUAACACUUCCACCAGACUGUCACAACCUGGCUUCUCUCGUAUCGUAACCUAAGGUUCUAGUUAGUUAAGUCUCAGUUGGGGCACUCACCUGAGUGUCCUUCGUCGUCGUCGUUAUAUCGAUAAUGACCCCUCGGGUCUAAGUCGUGAUGCGCCGCGUGGUAUCUCGCCCCAGUAAGGCUCUGUAAACAAGUAAUCCGAUAAAGGUGACGAAGUAGAGAAACAAGGCCAACUAAGUACAUAUACUUAGAUGUUGGUUUAGUGCUGACAAGUCUGAACUAGAAAGGUAACCAAUGCUUUAUUGACA